AUGUUUCAGUUGCUUUUGCAACCCUGGAUUAUCGCCGUAGCAGGGGUGGUCUAUCUGAUUGCUUUGGCUGCGUAUCGGUUAUGGUUGUCCCCAUUGGCCAAGUUCCCCGGCCCUAAGCUGGCUGCGCUUACAUUAUGGUAUGAACUGUACUACGAUAUUUACUGCGAAGGCCAGUAUACAUUUCAAAUCAUUCGGAUGCAUGAGAAAUAUGGCCCCAUCGUGCGCAUCAGUCCCUGGGAACUCCAUAUCAGUGACCCCGACUAUUAUGAAGUGUUAUAUUCUCGAGACAGCCCGCGGAAUAAGUAUGAAUAUUAUACCCGGCAAUUCGGGCUAACCAAGACGGCAAUGGCGACAGUAGAUCACUAUCAUCACCGCCUCCUGCGCUCCAACAUGAACCCGUACUUUGCCAUGACACGGAUACGAAAGCUCGAACCUUUGAUCCAGGCGUUGGUAGACAAGCUGUGCGACCGUCUGAGGGAAUUCAAGGGAACAGGAACCCCAGUCGCCCUGCAGUACCCAUUUACCUGUUUCGCCACCGAUGCUGUCACCGAUUACACUAUGGGUGCUGGGUUCCACUACCUUGAUGAACCGGACUUCGUUCCUCGGUGGAGCAGGACAUUGAGUGGCAUUGCAAAAUCGGGUGUCUAUAUCAAGCCCUUCCCGUGGCUUCUCAAAGUAUUCAAUGCUCUACCCGAGCGUUGGUUGUCUUGGCUAAAUCCCGAGAUGGACUUGACAUUCCAUUUUCAACGUCGCUGCCGUGACGUUAUAACGUCGAUCAUGGAGGAGCAAAACGCCAACGGAUAUGACAAGGUUAAGAGUCAAUUCAGCCAUCCUACUUUCUUUCAUGACGUGCUCAAUAGCAAUCUUCCACCAGAGGAGAAAUCUCCGGAGCGCUUAUGGCAGGAAGUUCAGGUAGUGGUCGGUGCAGGGGCUGAAACUACAGGCAAAGCUUUGACUUGGACGAUAUUCUACCUUCUUCAUAACCCAGACAAACUGCAGAAACUGAAAGAGGAACUCAACCAGCUGGAUCCUGAUCGAACAGCUACUUUGUUGGACUUCGAGAAAAUGCCUUACUUGACAUCAGUCAUUCUUGAGGGGUUAAGACUUUCGUAUGGCCUCAGUACCCGAUUGCAAAGAGUGGCUCCCGAUAGGGCACUGCAGUUUAGAGAAUGGUCUAUACCCGCCGGGACUCCCGUGGGAAUGUCCAGCACGUUGAUGCACCACGACGAGCGGAUAUUCCCCGACUCACAUAAGUUUAUUCCCGAGCGUUGGCUGGACCUGGAACAGCGGAAGCAAUUGGAAAAGUAUAUGGUGGCGUUUACCAAAGGAUCAAGGCAAUGCAUUGGCAUGAAUCUCGCGCGGUCCGAAAUUCUCCUCGCCCUUCCUAAGGUCCUCAGAGAACUAGAUUUUGAGUUGUAUGAGACUACACUGGAGGAUGUGACGCUUGCACAUGAUAUGUUUCUUCCCUUCCCGAAGAUGGAUAGCAAGGGAGUGCGGGUUUUAGUGAAAUAG